AUGGCAUCUACUACAGCUCGAGCUAAACCAACAAAUAGCAUGAACUGCAGUUCAAGGUUUAGCAAAUUUUUUCACAGAACAGUACAUUCUACCAGUAAAAAGGAGACUAUAUUGUUUGAUCUGAAUAACGGCUCAAAGAGUAAGUAUGGUUCGAUGAACUGUCAGGGUCUCAAGAUGGAACUACGUCGGCGUGGAUUGAAGGUUUCAGGAAAGAAACUUGAGUUGAUUCAAAGAUUAUGUCAGGCUGAUGAGACAAGAAUGUCUCAAGGUUCCAAUGCAAACACUUCUAGCAGGGCUUUCUCUACUACUAAGGUCUCGAAUGGAAGACUGCCCAUGAAAGAGAGCAAAGCCAAAAGACAGAGGACUAAGAAGGCGAAAAGCAUUCAACAAGUCGCACAGUUUGAGAUCAGGAAGGUUUCUACGCUUCAUAAAGUUCCGGAAAAGCAGGCUAUAGCUUCUCUUACGAGGAGUCUUAGCUCUUCUUCGCCUGUCGAGGCUAAAGAUGAUACUUCAAACAUUGAUUAUUUCAGACCUGCAAAAAAGGAGGCACCACCAGUGGAGCAUUUGAAGGUUCCGAAAGUAGAGAAGCCCGAAGAAGAGAUUUACACCAAAUCGGGUACUCAGAGUUUCAAGGCACCCCAGAAACCCAAGGAACCCAAGGAAUCCAAGGGAUCCAAAGAACCCAAAGAACCUGGAGUAGAGCCUAACGGAUCCUCCGACACCAGAGCCGCUACUUUCUGGGGAGUUUCUGGUCUUUUAACACUAAUUUGGUGGUCUGGAAGAAAAAGAGAUGGUAGACAGUAA